GAUUAGAUCAACCCUCAGUCAUAGAUGAACAUUCCUAUUCAACCAUCUACCAUUCAGAAUUUCAACAACAUGGUGAACCCCUAGGCUACAGAUUUAACCUCGACAACCUGGACUUUCAUAUAAAAGUCAGGGAAAUGACACAGGAACAUCAAAAUGUGUCGAGGCAUUUUACUCAAAUCAUGUCUGUUGUAGAUAGAGUGAGCUGUGAGGGUUUCACAGAUGAGCCUGUCGGAAAUUUGAUGGAGGUUGAAAACAGCGAAUUUCUUCCUACUGCUGAGGACAAUUACACUCUUAGAAAAGACAUGAUACAGGUUGUAUCCAACAUUCUGAUCGAACAUCUGUCAUCCUUCAAAAUCUUUGAAAAUAUUUGUCCUAAACAAUUCCAACAUGCUUAUUCAGCAGAAAUGUCGAAGAAAUCUAUUGUGAAUCAGCAGUGUUUUGUUGGGAUACUUCUUGCAUUCAAUUAGAAACAUACAGUGAUACCACUUGGAAUUCUGCUAAAGAAUGAAAACAAAACCAAUGAUAUGAUAGAGAUCCUUGAGCACUUACAACAGUAUGUCCCUGGAGCCAGAACUGAAUUGGAAGAGAUUCAAGAAAGAGAAGAAACAAAUCCUAAGAUGCAAGCAAUUCCAGUUGGAGGUGACCAAUUGACGUGUGAGCGAAUUAGAGGUGCACAUAUGGCUCGUCUUGAUGGAGAUACACAAGAGGAAAGAUUGGAGGGUUUGAUAACUAUGGUGGAAGAUUUUCAUGAGAAAAUAAAUUUCCUGCAGGCAAUGAUGGACCGGUUCUACAAACCAGGAAGUGCACGAGAAACAGGCACAUUGUAUCAACUAAGGAAUGUCAUAAAUAGAAGAAAUGUCACAAAAAAUGUGAGUGCAGAUUAUCAUGCAGUUGGAUCUUUUAUUGACCUAGUGUCAAGUGUUCAUGUUAUUGCAGCAGCUCUGAAAGCAUUUGGAAUGGAUAGCAUUGAGGAUCCCUGUCCAAAAGUCCCACUGUUCACAGAAUCUGCUGAUGAAGGAUCCAAAAAGAGGUUGUUAGAUAAGAUUGUUGGGGAAAUAGUGGACACAUUCUUCUUGAACAGCUUGACAGUAACAGUCAAUAGGAUUGAGGAUGAUGAAACUGCCAUUGAAGGGCCAAUAGUUGAUGAUGGAGUGUACAAUUAUGCCACCAAUGUCACAAAAUAUGGGCUUCUCAGGAAAAUCUUGUUCUAG